AUGUCGCUCUUUUCGUUCCUCCGCAGCAUCUACGACGUCGACACGCUCGACACCCGCUUCACCACGCCGUCGACGGUGCCCUACAAACCGGAUACACCGUCGUCCAACGCCGCCGGCCGCAGCAAUGGCACGCUCGACCACACUGACAGUCGCCGCGACGCGGCCGCCGACGUCGCCAAGCGCGCCGAGCCGUCGAAAUGGCGCUCGCCCGAGUUCUUUGUCUACUACUUCAUCUUCCUGACCGUCGUGCCCUACAUGUUCUGGGUGGCCUACGACGUAUCGCGGCCGUCCGAUCCGCGUUAUCCUCGAUUCGAGAGCAAACUGGCGCCUGGCUGGAUCCCGGGACGCAAAGUUGACACGUCCGAUGCCCAGUACCACACAUUCCGCUCCAACCUGCCGUACAUGGCCCUUCUUCUCCUCUUCCAUCCCCUCCUGCGCAAAGCCUGGAACGCCGUCUAUCCCACCUCGACUGCCUCCUCCUCUUCCUCCUCCUCCUCGACGUCCUCUCCUUCUCGCGCACUCACCCCCGACCAGGCCAAUGCCCGCAAGGAGCAGCGUCUCUCCUUCGACUACGUCUUUGCCUUUGUCUUCCUCGUCGCCCUGCACGGCAUCUCCGCCGCCAAGGUCCUGCUGAUCCUCUGCAUCAACUACAACCUCGCCACCGCCUUGCCACGUCAGUACGUCCCCGUGGCCACCUGGGUCUUUAACAUUGGCACGCUUUUUGCCAACGAGCUGGCUGGCGGCUACCACCUCGUGAAUGUGGCCUCACUCGUAAGCGACGGCUCGUGGGAGCCCAUCUUCCGCGCGACCGUCGAGGGCCACGAGACGGCCACCGCCCUCGUGCAGUGGGGCUCCUGGCUCGACGGUUUUUGUGGCAUCAUGCCGCGCUGGGAGAUCCUGUUCAACAUCACCGUGCUGCGUCUGAUCAGCUUCAACCUGGACUACUACUGGAGCCACGGCGGCCGCGGCUCAAGCCCGCUGGAGAAGAAGCAGCUCGAUCCCGCCAACCUCUCGGAGCGGGAUCGCGUUACCAUCUCCGCGCCCCCGCAGGACUACUCCUUCCGGAACUACGUCGCCUACGCCAUCUACGCCCCGCUCUACCUGACCGGCCCCAUCGUCUCCUUCAACGACUUUGUCCACCAGGCCCGCUACCGCCCGGCCACGAUCGAGGGCCGCCGCACCCUGCGCUACGGCGUGCGCUUCGUCCUGUGCCUGCUCGCCAUGGAGCUGGUUUUGCACUACGAUUACCUGCUGCUUCCCUGGCGCCUCUUCCGCCUCUGGGCCCUGCUCGACGGCGUCGACCCCCCGGAGAACAUGCUGCGCUGCGUCAGCAACAACUACAGCACCCUGUCCUUUUGGCGCGCCUGGCACCGCUCCUACAACCGCUGGCUUGUUCGCUACAUCUGGAUCCCCCUGGGCGGCUCCAACUUCAAGUCGUGGCUCGGCGCCGCGCGCUCCCUGCUCACCUACAUGCUCGUCUUCACGUUUGUCGCCCUCUGGCACGACAUCCAGCUGCGCCUGCUCAUCUGGGGCUGGCUGGUCGUGCUUUUCUUUGUCCCCGAAGUCCUGGCCUCGUUCCUCUUUCCCCGCCGCCGCUGGGCCGCCCGGCCCACGGCCUACCGCAUGCUCUGCUGCGCCGGCGCCGUCGUCAACAUUCUCAUGAUGAUGAGCGCCAACCUCGUCGGCUUUGCCGUCGGCCUCGACGGCCUGCAGAGCAUCGUGCACGGUAUCGUGCACGACUGGUCGGGCUUUCUUUUCCUGAUCACGGCAUGCAGCGCUCUCUUUGUCGGCGUGCAGGUCAUGUUUGAGAUCCGCCAGUCUGAGAUGCGCCGCGGCAUUUUGCUCAAGUGUUAG